AUGACGAGUUAUAUAUCGUGUGCUUGCAAUAGAGUUCCACAUUCGGCUGAUUGGGGGAGAAAUGGACUUAUUUGUUUUGCAGCGUGUCAUGCGGUUGCAAUUUAUAAUCCAUAUAUUUCAAAAAUUGGAAAAGUAACGCAUACGCUUCAUCGACACAAAAAUCGUAUCAAUACUGUACGAUGGAUUAAACGAAACGACUCGAAAGCCGAAUCAGAGCUAUUAUCAAGUUCGGUAGAUGGAACAGCUAUUAUUUGGAGAAAAACCAAUGAAUCGUUUAAAUGUAACUCUAUCAUAGAAGUUGGUCACAACAUCAUAUUUAGCAACUCGUUAUACAUUUCUGAUCAUAAUUCUUUAAAUAAUGAAAAGUUUGUAAAAUUAUUGAUAUGCACUGGAUCUGUUGAAGGAGAUCUAAAAAUAUGGUUAAGAGACAUGGAUGAUAAUGUAAAAUGUUUACAAAUAAUUACAUUUGGUAGGAAAUUACCAAUAGAAGCUUGUUUUUCUUUUCUACCAGACACAGAUUUACCACUUCUGGCUGUUGCAAUAGAAGAUUCAACAAUUCAAUUGUAUGUAACCCAUUCUAAUAUUAUAGAGAAAUCGUAUUUUGUAAAAGCUCAAAUUUUAACUGGGCAUGAAGAUUGGGUACGAUGUAUGGAUUUUAACUAUGACAUAAAUAAUAUCUUUCUUGCAAGUGGAUCUCAAGAUGGCAUGAUACGAUUAUGGAAAAUUUCUGCAAAUAACACAGAAUUCUCAGUUGAUAAAUUGCAUCAAAAAGAACAAAUCUUUAUAACUAAUUAUGGCACAAAGUAUAAUAUUACUUUGGAAUCUGUUCUUUAUGGCCAUGAAGGCUGGAUUUAUGGUGUACACUGGUAUCCAAUGCAACAUAAUGAUAAAAAUAGAAUUUUAAGAUUAUUAUCUUGCUCAUUAGAUAAAUCUAUGAUUAUAUGGGAACCAGAUGAAGUGACUGGGAUUUGGUCUGAGAAAGUAAGAGUGGGUGAAGUUGGUGGCAAUUCAAUGGGUUUCUAUGGUUGUAAAUUUAGUGAUAGUGGAUUAAGUAUAUUAGCACAUGGUUACCAAGGAUCAUUUCAUAUUUGGGAAUAUUCAACUACUAUAAAAAAUUGGAUUCCAAGAUCUGUACCAAGUGGUCACUUUGGUGAAGUAAUUGAUCUUUACUGGGAUCCAAAUGGAAGGUUUUUAAUUUCUGCAAGUACAGAUCAGACAACCAGAAUACAUGCACCUUGGAAAGAUAAAACAGAAUUUUGGCAUGAAAUUGGACGGCCACAAGUUCAUGGAUAUGAUAUGUCUUGUUUAGUUAUGCUAACUCCUUAUAUGUUUGCUUCAGGAGCAGAAGAGAAAGUUGUUCGUAUAUUUACAGCACCAGCAACAUUUAGGAACUAUUUAAUGAAAAUUGCCAAUGUUGAUGAUUUUAAAAAUAUGGUGGCUGACAGUGCAUCAGUACCUGCUCUUGGUUUAACAAAUAAAGCAACAUUUAAUGACAAUAUCACAAUUAAAGAUGUAGAAGUUAAUGACUUUAAAAAUGAAGAUUAUGUUCCUCCAACGGAAGAAGAGUUAAUGCAAAAUACACUAUGGCCAGAAUUACAAAAACUUUAUGGUCAUGGGUAUGAAAUUUUCUCUAUGGCUGCCAGACUUGACGGAUCAUUAUUGGCAACUGCAUGUAAAUCAACAUCACCAGAACAUUCUGCAAUAUUACUAUGGAGUACAAAUACAUGGACUCAAGUUCAAAAACUUAUGUCUCAUCAAUUAACUGUAACACAGAUGGAAUUUUCACCUAAUGACAAAUAUCUACUAUCUGUUUCUAGAGAUAGAAGAUGGUCAUUAUUUGAAUGUAAAGACAAUAUGUACACCUUAAUUGCAGCUAGUUUAAAAAGAGAUAGUCUUCAUACUCGUAUAAUAUGGUGCUGUUCAUGGACGUAUGACUCGUCUUUCUUUGCAACUGGUUCCAGAGAUGGGAAAAUUGGAAUUUGGAAUCCAAACUUUACAGAUGAUAAAAUUGUUCCGACUACAAGUUUGGAUAUGAAAACUUCAAUUACAGCACUUGCAUUUUCAUUACAGAAUAUUCCUCACGGUUUUUAUGUUUUAGCAAUAGGAUUUGAGACUGGAUUUAUAGAAAUACAGAAAUUGAAAAUGUUUUCUAAUAACUUUGAAUGGGAAAAGUAUAUAAUGUAUGAUACUUCUGAAGCACAUCACUUAACUGUUAAAAGGCUUAAAUUUAGGCCUCAAGAGAAAUAUUCUAGUAUUUUACAACUAGCAAGUUGCGGAUCUGACCACAUUAUUAAGAUAUAUGAUAUAGACAUUUUGUAA